AAAAUGUUGAAUUAUAUGCGGAAUUGGUCGUAUAAGUAAUGUUAUAGAACUGUGUGAAACCGGAGACAUGAAAUGUGUCUCUGAGACCAAUGACCGCUAACCAUGGAUAUUUAACUCUUAUUUAAACAGGCUUUGGCAAUGUAAAAAAAAGAAGCCUACCUCAUCAUUAUAUGCUGACUCUAUUCUCCUAUAACAGCCGUGUUCGGGUGGUUGUCUACUCUUACGACCAUUCUAAACCAGCUAUUUGAUAUGCAUUUACAAAGCUGCUGAAGACUAUUCAGAGGGUGUGUCGUUCUCUUUGAUAGGUAGACUAGAACUGUAGCCUAGGCAAUGCUAUUACAAUUGUAGCCAGGGCUAAAAGAAAAAUGUAUCGCUUUCCAAACCUAGGAUAUCGAAUAGGUCAAAUGGUUUGAAUCGUUUCUUCAUUAUAGGCUUAAUGUCUAUUGGCAUCGUUCGUCACCGAAUGGUGUUACUAGGGCAAUAAUGGUCGCUCUACUGCAGUUUCCACCAAUGUACUAUAUGCCUUUGAGAGCAGCACAGUAGAGCCAGCAAAGCAGUUCCCAUCAUUCUGUAUCAUGCAUGUAAUAAAUGCGUGACUGGUCUAUGUUUUUUUUACCGACAGUGUGCCUAGCUUAACAUUAGUUAGAAAUUGGUAGGUAUAGCAGUUUAUUGCCCCUGGAUAGGUUUCUGCGCCGUAUGUGUGUAUAAACUACCAUUUAUCAAAUCUAUUGCCCGACUUGGUUGAGGCUGCCUGAAUUGUAAUUACCCGAAAGAAGGGACUGCAUCGUGAUACCUGUCAUUCCAGAGUGAUGGAUAAAGCGUAGACCUAUGCACUUGUUUCAUCCUCAGUCUUUCAGAUAAUUUGAAUAGUUAAAUUGCGCCCCAGUAGUGGUCUACUGAAACGGUGGGAGCUGUUGUCACUGUACAAAUGUGAUAAAAAUAUGAAAUAUUAUAUGUAUUUCCUAUUCAACAAAACUGUAUGUAUAAGGCAUGAAAUUACUUGUGUGCUUUCUAAAUAUAGUAUAAUCAAAUUAUAAAAUGACCAACUAUAUGAUUUAAUCUUCCUUCUAACUGUAAAAUACCAAUUUGUAUGUUUAAUGUAAGAGAAAAUGUGCAUGUUUUCUAAAGGCCUCUAUUGAUCAAAAUGUCUGUGGACUUGAACGUCUCACAGAGCUCUAGCUUGGCUUUCUGAAUUCGUUAGGAAAUCGCCUUUCAUAUCCUAUUAAUCGUGUCUGUCUAGGACACAGGAAGUGUUUUUUGUUUAAAAUCUAUGAAUUAUUUUAGAUUAGUGGCUAUAAAUCGAACUCUGUAUGGAGUACCGUGAUGAAACAAUGCUCUCCUGCUGCACUAUGAUGUAAAGAUUACAUGCAUGUGCGAUGUCAGUGGCUGGGAUGUAGGGUUCAGCCAGGAGUGGAUGGACAGUCGGAAGAGCAAAUUAAAUGUGAGAAGGGACAUCCCAGCUUCAAGUGGUUUCAGAUUUCACAUCCUACAUUACACUGGCCCAGGGCUCAGGAAAUAUAUUGUUUCCACCUGACCUAGGGGUAUAGCUCAAGGCAAGCUAUUUUUAAUCGACUGUGUCCACAGAUCAAUUUAUAAGCAAAAAUGUAAGUCGGAACAGGUACCAGAACCAUGCAGGUCUUUACAUCUAAGAGGAUUUACUAAUAGCCAGGCAACGGCUCCACAUUUCUAUCCCUCCAAUCAUCUCUAACUCCUCUUCCUCCAUGCCUUUUGCUGCUGAGCCCUGACUCUCCACAUCACUUCCAUUGACUUAGAUUAACAGAGGGAGAGGAGCAACAAAUAGGAUACAAUUGUGGUCAGGAACUUAAUCUUUCUCUCUCCCUUUCUCUUCCUUCCUCUCUCUUUUUCUCAACCAUACACAUUCACUCUUGCUAAUAAAGGGUUUCCAUAAUAAAUUGUGUGAUACAGUUACACACACACACUCUCUCUCCUCCAAUCAACUUUCUUGCCUGACAGACUAACUACAGAGUUAGCCAAUGCUAGCUGAUUAGUUACGAAGCAGGGACAGUUUUCAAAUUAAAUGCAUCGGUAGAAACAGGACAAAACACGCAACUUGCUAGCUGGCAAUGUAAACACAUAUCAAACUCAUCAUAUGAGCUCCACUGCACAGGCAUCUAUUACCCUAACAGGACAGCUAAGCUGUCUAAUAACAUGAAUACUAGGCAAUGUACAGUGCUUUUGGAAAGUAUUCAGACCCCUUGACAUUUUACACAUUUUGUUAUGUAACAGCCUUAUUCUAAAAUUGAUCAAAUUGUUUUCCCCCCCUCAUUAAUCUACACACAAUACCCCGUACUGACUAAGCAAAAGCAGGUUUAGACAUUUUUUUCAAAUGUAUUAAAAAUAAAAAACUGAAAUACCACUUUUACAUAAGUAUUCAGAUCCUUUACUCAGUACUUUGUUGAAGCACCUUUGGCAGCGAUUACAGCCUUGGGUCUUAUUGGGUAUGACGCAACAAGCAUGGCACACCUGUAUUUAGGGAGUUUCUCCCAUUCUUCUCUGCAGAUUCUCUCAAGCUCUGUCAGGUUGGAUGGGGAGCGUCGCUGCACAGCUAUUUUCAGGUCUCUCCAGAGAUGUUCGAUCGGGUUCAAGUCCGGGCUCUGGCUGGGCCACUCAAGGACAUUCAGAGACUUGUCCCAAAGCCACUCACCUGUUGUCUUGGCUGUGUGUUUAGGGUUGUUGUCCUGUUGGAAGGUGAAGCUUCACCCCAGUCUGAGGUCCUGAGCGCUCUGGAGCAGGUAUUUUACAAGGAUCUCUCUGUACUUUGCACCGUUCAUCUUUCCCUCGAUCUUGACUAGUCUCCCAGUCACUGCCGCUGAAAAACAUUCCCACAGCAUGAUGCUGCCACCAACAUGUUACCUCCAGGCAUGACUUUUGGCAUUCAGGCCGAAGAGUUGGUUUCAUACUGAGGAGUGCCUUCUGUCUGGUCACUUCAUCAUAAAAGCCUGAUUGGUGGAGUGCUGCAGAGAUGGUUGUCCUUCUGGAAGGUCCUUUCAUCUCCAUAGAGGAACUCUGGAGCUCGGUCAGAGUGGCCAUCGGGUUCUUGGUCACCUCUCUGACCAAGGCACUUCUCCCCCGAUUGCUCAGUUUGGCCGGGCAUGCAGCUCUAGGAAGAGUCCUGGUGAUUCCAAACUUCUUCCAUUUAAGAAUGAUGGAGGCCACUUUUUCUUGGGGACCUUCAAUGCUGCAGAAAUGUUUUCGUACCCUUCCCCAGAUCUGUGUCUCGACACAAUCCUGUCUCGGAGCUCUACGAACAAUUCCUUCAACCUCAUAGCUUGGUUUUUGCUCUGACAUGCACUGUUAACUGUAGAAUAUUUUAUAGAGGUGUGUGCCUUUCCAAAUCAUGUCCAAUCAAUUGAACUUAGCUGAGCUCAAUUUUGAGUCUCAUAGCAAAGUGUCUGAGUACUUAUGUAAAUAAGGUAUUUCGUUUUUUUAUUUUUAUUUUUAUAAAUGUGCAAACAUUUAAAAAAUCAUUUUCGCUUUGUUAUUAUGUGGUAUUGAUGAGAUUUUUAAAAAAUUAUAUCAAUUUUAGAAUAAGGCUGUAAUGUAACAAAAUCUGGAAAAAGUGAAUACUUUCCAAAUGCACUGUAUAUCCUAAGAAUAUCUGCACCUAGCAAACAUAACAAACCAUAACCUAAGCCCAACAGAUAAUCACAAAUUACUCUAGCCUUAAUUUUGGAGGCUAUUUAACUGGUUGUCUGUAUGGCUAGCUGGUGAAAGUGAGGGUUGAGGUUGGCGCUUCAGCACAGCCCAAAUUUACCGCUACCCACAAGUUUUCUUGCCUGACAAGACUAACUAGUUAUCUAGCUAGUUAUAGCAAGCCAUUUAUACGUGAAUUACAUUGGUACAAACAAGACAAAACAACUAACUAGUUAUCUGACUAUAUACAGCUAAACACUGCAACUAUUUCCAAGAGACGGAGAGCAAUUAUUUGAGCUCCACCGCUGAUGUGCUUGCCUGUACCAACCAAGUUAUCAUGACAUGACAGGACUUGUUAAUCUAAGAGCUAUUCCCCAACUUUCACAGCAUCAAACAUAGACAACACCAAACAUAUAUCUGCUGUUUACUUAUUUCACUCACCUCGAGAUCAUUGCUUUUCAAAAUGCAAAGACGUGUCCUAAUCCAUAUCACCGACCAAUAUAGAUACAGCCUCUUUCACAGUGAAAUGUUGUGUACGCUUCGGCGGCGUCAUUUUGAGUAAUGAAGUAAAAAAAAACGUUGAAAUGUCAAAUGACAGCAGCCACACAAAAACGACAACAGGUUGUUAGCAAGUUCAUUUUGCGAUAUUGACACAGAUAUUAUUGUUAGAAAAAUAUGGCUGUUCGCGGCCGCUGUAGUAAUUUAAAGAAAGUCCGUAGACAGCCGCUAUGGGUCCUAAAGAGUUAAAGUAUAAUUUUGUUAAAAGUUCUAAUGUUACUGUCCCCACCACAACAAAAAAAUACUUAAUGAGAAAUUUGACUGCUAUUCUAUUUCACUAUAUAUGUCUGUUAAUAUGUUAUUAACAUAUCAUAUGUGUCAUAAAAAUGUUGAAUUUCCUUACUACACGUAAAUAUGAGCGCACUAGUAGAAAUGGGCCUGCUACAUUUCUUGGUUGUAAGCAAAGCACAUUAUCCAGAAUUCAUAGCGAUUUUAGGACAUAGUACUGCCCGGUAGAGGUGUAUCCAGUUAUGGGAGAAAUAUAAAAGUGUUUGUAGCCAGCACAUUCAGACAGAGGAUUUGGAAAAGGAACUGAAUUCUCAACUGAUGGGGUUGCCAUGUCGUCGAACAUUGAAAGGUGAUGCUGUUCCAUCGAUUUUCUCUUUCACUUCGAAGAGGAAGGCAUCCGAUCAGCCAACAUCAGAGCAGCAGAAAAGAAGUCAAGCUGAGGUAACGUAGCUAACGUUACCUAGCUAACUAGCUAGCGAACUACAUUUGUUUUCAGUGCCUUCAGAAAGUAUUCACACCCCUUGGUUUUGUUGUGUUACAGCCUAAAUUAGAUAUUUCUUUCACUGGCCUACACACAGUACUCUAUAAUGUCAAAGUAGAUUCAUGUUUUUUUCAGCAUUUUUACAAAAUAAUAAGAAAUUAAAAGCUGAAAUGUCGUAAAUGUCGGCUUCCCAUCAUUACACACACCUGUCACCAUAUCAGUGCAAUAUAGACUCACCUGGACUCCUUCACUUUGUUGAUUGCCCCUUCUAUAUCUGUCUGUUCCUCAGUUUGUUCCCCGUGUCAGCAUAUUGUCGUUAUGUUUCCCCUGUUCAGAAGCUGUCCUUUUUUGUUUCUUAUCAGUUAUUUAUUAAAUGUUCACUCCCUGUACUUGCUUCUCGUCUCCCAGCAUCUGUCCUUACAAAUGGUGAGUUUAAAAUGGGUACAGCGUUUAAUGGCUGUGAUAGGAUAACUGAGGAUGGAUCAACAACAUUGUAGUUACUCCCCAGUACUGACCUAAUUGACAGAGUUAAAAGAAGGAAGCCUGUACAGAAUACAAACAUUCUAAAACUUCCAUCCUGUUUGCAACAAGGCACUAAAGUAAUACUGCAAGAAAUGUGGCAAAGCAAUUCAUGUUUUGUCCUGAAUACAAAGUGUUAUGUUUGGGGCAAAUCCUAUACAGCACAUUACUGAGUACCACUUUUCAAGCAUAGUGGUGGCUGCAUCAUGUUAUGGGUAAAGACUAAUAGACAUAUUUUGCACAAUCCAGGUGUGGAAAACUGUUCAAGAACUUACCCAGAAAGACUCACAGCUGUAAUUGCUGCCAAAGAGUCCGAUCCCAUCAACAUCUGCAUAGGCAUCAAGCUCAGCACCAGGAAAUAGUACUAAUCCUGCUGAUGAUGACCUUAACACCAGCUUUAGUAGUACAGCGCCUGUAGACCCAUUGGAUGAAAGCUUUCAGCCUGGAAUAAGCUUAAUCUCAACAUCAUCUGACUUAGAAACAAGCCAGGACAGCCAAAGGCCCAGGACAAGAGGAAAGCUCUGGAGGAGACUAAAGCCUACACCACCCAGUCUCUGGCGAGCGUUGCCUACCAGAUCAAUGCCUUAGCCAACAACGUGCUGCAGCUGCUGGACAUCCAGGCCUCGCAGCUGCGCCGGAUGGAGUCCUCCAUCAACCACAUCUCUCAGACAGUGGACAUCCACAAGGAGAAGGUGGCACGGCGAGAGAUCGGCAUCCUGACCACCAACAAGAACACGUCGCGCACGCACAAGAUCAUCGCCCCAGGCAACAUGGAGCGGCCAGUCCGGUAUAUCAGGAAGCCCAUCGACUACACGCUGCUGGACGACGUGGGCCACGGUGUCAAACAACAUGGCAACAACCAGCCAGCGAGGGGAGGAGGAGGAGGGGGGACAUUAUCGAGGACCAAUCCACCGACACAGAAACCCCCAAGCCCACCCAUGGCUGGUCGUGGAACUCUUGGGCGAAACACCCCAUAUAAGACCCUGGAGCCAGUCAAGCCUCCAACGGUGCCUAACGACUAUAUGACCAGCCCUGCACGACUAGGCAGCCAGCACAGCCCUGCACGCACUGCCUCCCUCAACCAGAGACCCAGAACACACAGUGGCAGCAGUGGGGGUAGUGGCGGGCGAGAGAACAGCGGUGGCAGCAGCAUAAGUGUUCCUCUGGCCGUGCCCACUCCCUCCCCUCCCAGCCUGGGACCAGCAGUCCCCCAGGGCCCAGGCCUGGGUCCCAUCCCCAUGUCCCAGUUUGGCACCAUCUCGAGGCAGGUCUCCCGCCACAACUCCACCGCCACGUCAGCCUCCAUGGUGUCGGCCACAGGUACCUACCGCCGGGCGCCCUCCGGCAGCUCCCAUUUCUCCAUGUCCCAGCAGCCCCACCUCAACGGGGGACCCGCAUACCCCCAGAACUUAGUGUCUGUGGCUCCUCCUCCCCCUCCUAUGGUCCAGCUGACUCCUCAGAUUCCUCUGACGGGCUUUGUGGCCAGAGUACAGGAGACCAUAACAGACAGCCCGGACCCCCUUCCACCGCCCCCUCCCGAGGACGUUGUCAUGUUUGAGGAGCCCUCGCCCCCUCCCCCGCCCCCACCAGUGGACUACCAGGGGGAUGAGGAGGCGGCCGUGGUGCACUACAAUGACCCUUAUGCUGACGAAGACCCCCACUGGGCCCCCAAGUCCUACGUAGAGAAGGUGGUGGCCAUUUAUGACUACUCCAAGGACAAGGAGGACGAACUGUCCUUCAUGGAGGGCUCCAUCAUCUAUAUCAUUAAGAAGAACGACGACGGCUGGUACGAGGGCGUCUGCAACGGCGUCACUGGCCUCUUCCCCGGCAACUACGUAGAGUCCAUCAUGCACUAUGCAGAUUAAGGGCGGACAUUUUGACAGUGCAAAAACGGCAGGAUGUUACAAAGAAACGUGCUGAGUUUAGUAUUUGAAACGAUAAGGUAGCUUUUAGUAAGAUUUUGGCAUGUGUUUUGCACGGUCAAAUUGUCCUGAAAGCCCCCCAUCUCUUAUCCACACAGAAAAACGUUAAUCUUACUUUUACAGAAAAAAAUAAGAAAGAAUAAACAAACAAACAAACAUAAAGAAGUGCAUUGCGACAUGAGUGACCGAAUGUUUGUUUUUGUCAGUGUCCAAAUUGCAAUGUUACAAAACAAGCUAAAUAUUCAAUUUACUAUGCUACAUGUUG